CUUUCGGGCUCAGAAGAUUUGUUUCAACCAUUUCGACGUUUCACGAUCAUCGUCUUCACAAAUAUUUAGAAGAGAAAUCACCUGUCAAAUAUGUCUGACGCAGAACAACUAAAAGAAUUUUUAAGAGAGAUGAAUAUGACUCCUGAGGAUGCAUGUGAGAUGGACAUGUUUAGUGAGUAUUGUUUUGAUGGUUUAAGCUACCAACUUCGCUAUUUGCUGUGUACACUGUACGGAAUUACAUUUCUGUUGGCUUUUAUUGGCAACUCUAUUAUAAUAUACAUUAUCGCAUUUAACAGACGGAUGCGGACGAUUACGAACAUUUUAGUGGCGUCGCUUGCAGUUGCUGAUAUGCUGAUCGCGUGUCUAUGCAUUCCGUUCGCUGUCGCUGAAAUUAUUAGUUAUAACUGGAUAUUUGGUACGAUUGGCUGUAAACUUGCAAGUUCUUUGACGGCCUUCGCUAUGGCAGCAAGUAUCUUAACGCUAAUUUGUAUAGCGGGGGACAGGUAUCAAGUCAUAUGCCAUCCACAUCAGGACAGAAAGAUCAAGACGUCGUGCCAUGCGCUUGGAUACUUGGCAAUUGUCUGGAUUUUUGCCACACUUCUUACGGUGCCACUUUUCAUCUUCAGCGAUAUUAAGAAGAUAUCUGGAUUACUUGAACACACAUUUUGCCGAGAGACGUGGUCUCAAUUCUACAACAAAACUUACACGAUUUGUUUCACUCUUAUCCUAUAUAUUAUACCAUUUCUUUUGCUUUUUGUUCUCUACUCGAAGGUGGUUGGUCAACUUUGGCAACUCAAGGAAACCUUUAGUGGCGGAAACUCUGGAGGAAUUUCCAGUGUGCCGCCUAGUAAUGUCAGAAAGAAGAAACGUGCCAUUAAAGUACUCAUUUUGAUUGUCCUUGUGUUCAUUUUUUCGUGGUUGCCAUUCCACGUUCAUUCAUUUCUACGGUUUAUGUCGAAAAGUAAAAUAAAUGACAAAAGUCUUUUCUUUAAUUUCACUGUGAAACUCAUAGGUUUUACCAGCACUUUCGUUAACCCGAUUUUGUACGGCCUUAUGAACACAAACCUAAAACGCUACAUUAUGGUUGGAAUUAACUGUCGCAAAAUCAAAAAGCAAUCCGCCCCUUCUACAAAGGAAGAGUUGAUGAUGCUCCCACCUGAAAUAUAAAUUUCAAAAAAAAAAAAAAAACCUUAAACGCACGCUUGGCGGUCGAAGGUUGUGAUACCAGACUACUAGGCCAAACUCUAGUGUUCAAAUCCCUCCGAAUGGUUUUCGAAUUUGUUCAAAAGUGAUUCAAGCGUAUUGAGAUAGUCGUUAUUAGUAUUCUGCUGUGCUCUUGUCUAUAAUGGGCGGUCGUGUUAUUUUUUUAAUACACAAUCAAAAACCAGUCCGCCCCUUCUACAAAGGAAGAGUUGAUGUUGUUCAAGCCUGAAUUAUAAAUUUUAAAACAAACUUUGAAUGCACGGUUGGUGGUCAAACAUUGUGAUACCAGACUUCUAGGCCAAUCUAGUGUUCAAAUCCCACCGAAUGACUUUCGAAUUUGUUCAAAAGUGAUUCAAGCGUAUUGAGUAUUAGUCGUCAUUCUGCUGUGCUCUUGUCUAUGGGCGCGCUAUCAUGUUAUUUUUUUGUUUAAGGCAUCCGGUUGUUUGUCAAUAUUUCCAUGUUACCAAUGCUUAAGAUACGUUGAAUUCCUGAAAAAAUAUAUUGAAUUUCAAAAUGUUUCAUAUUAUUUUGAAUGAAAGCAUGCGAUCAUCUAGUGUGAUCUAUGUAUUUGACGAUAUAAAUAAUAGAAAAUAGAAUAUAACUAUAUGUAUCAGUUAUGAUAAUCGUAAUUGGCUGAUUAAUACCAUUAUAGCGGGGAGGUCUUGGUUUGAAUCCUGGCUGGUGGUAAAAUACAGUUUCUGAAAAUAUUAUAGGUCUAUGUCCAAAAUGUAUAUAUUUAUGUAUAUAAAUUUUAAUUUCAUAUUCCUAUAACGUGAAUCUUUAUGUCAACAUGUGUUGAAUUUGUAAGUUUAACUAUAUAUAAAUAAAAACUGAAAUGCGAUGCUGAAAUAAAUUAAAGUUAAGAGUUUGUAAUAUAAUACGUGGUGUAAAGAUUGAUCGAAAAAACAAUCUUGUUGAUUUAUGAUUUAAAAAAUACCAUCACUUUAUUGUUACAGGGUUUGUUAGAAAUACGUUUGUCGGAUAGUCAAUCGACAGUCUUGUUUUUGCAAUGAACAAAAAAAAAUCAUUUGAUUUAGACAUAUUUAUGUAAACAGAAUGAGAUUGGUCUGUGUGUGUAUAUACACCGCUAGGUGGAUAUUAUUUGGCAACCAUGCGUAAAAUAUAAAGCUCGCUACGGAUUUGUAAGAUAAUUCUAAUGUUAUUGUAAGAAUGUUGUAAUACCGCCUUAUAAGCUGCCGUAAAUAACCGUUGUUGAAAGACGAAUUUCUUACUUCACAAAAAUCCCCAACUCGCAAUACAUCGACUGCGACCGUCGACCAAUGGAACCGGUGCCGUGUUUGCUAACGCUGAUGCGAUAAUGGCCGAUCUCCUGUUGAAAUGUUAUCAAGCAUCAAAGUAACUCAUGGCGUGUGGAAUCGCUUCGGCACUGCUUCUGUCAACGAAUUUACAGAAAGAUUACUUUAUUAUUUUUCUAAAUACAAAAAUACAUGAUCAGGACU